AUGGUGUCAUGCGAAUCGCAGGAGUCAUAUAUUUGGGUUCUUCGCCAGUUUCUGGAAUGCAUGCAAGGUAAGGCACCGCAAUCAGUCAUCACGGAUGGCGACCCGGCCAUGCGUAUAGCAAUCCGCACCGUUUUUCCUGACGCACAUCAUCGGUUGUGUGCCUGGCAUCUGCUGAGGAACUCGACUGCUAACAUAAGCGACCCGAGAUUCACACAAAUGUUUAGACACUGCAUGCUGGCAGAUAUGGAAAUCGAAGAGUUCGAAGCGUAUUGGGAGUCAAUGGUCAAUGAGUGCGGUGUCAGGGAGGUUGAGUGGGUUAAGGACUUGUACACCAAAAAGCACGCUUGGGCAACCGCAUACAUUUGUGGUAGAUUUUUUGCUGGAGUACGGACAACCUCUAGGUGCGAGUCACUACACGCCAAACUAGGGAGGUUUGUUGAGAGCAGGUACGGGGUGUUAGAAUUUGUCAGAAAUUUUCAAAGGUGUGUGGAUUUUCUGCGUGACACCGAGGAUGAGCUAGACUUUCGUUCAUGGUAUGGAACACCUGUGCUACAAACGGAGUUCGUUGAGCUGGAAAAGUCUGGAUGGACUAUGUUCACCCGCGAAAUGUUUCUCAGAUACCGGGAUAGCCUGAAACGGUGUGUUCGUGUUAGAAUAUGUGAAUUUGAUGACAGUGACAACCCUCAUGCAUAUACUCUUCAGAAGUAUCGGAGGCCUGAGAUGAAUUGGAAGGUUUAUAGGGACCAUAUCUCGAACAGAUUUAGUUGCACCUGCAUGCGUAUGGAGUCGUUUGGCAUUCCUUGUGUGCAUAUCCUUUCCGUCUGUGUUAUGCUAGACUUGGUGGAAAUCCCUGAAAGCCUGGUGCUGCGUAGGUGGUCUAAGGCAGCCAAAUUGGAGAUACAUAACCAAUGUGGUGAGCAACACAUUGUUGAACCAAGUGUGACCUAUAGGACACGAUUGGGUGCUUUCUCCCAGCUGUGCAAGCGUUUAGGGCGCGUUGCUUGCAUGAGCGAUGAAGACUUCAAGGUUUACUCAAACAAGCUUAUGAGCGAUGCUCUGUUCCUUGAAAUAAAGUACGGCUUAGACCAUUAA